AAAAAAAAAAAAAAAAGAAGUAAAAAGGUCAUAAAAAAAAUGCUUCGUACAACUCCAUCGAUCCCUAUUCCACGCACGGUACCGUUGUUACCGCUGCAGGAUCGAGUGCUACUUCCUGGAGUGGUCACCCGUCUUCAAAUAUCAAGACGUGAUUCUAUCCCGCUGUUCGAAAAAAUCCUCCGGACCUAUGACAGCAAGGAGCUCAACAAGUGCAUCAUUGGUGUCUUUCCUAUUCAUCAGACGUCCGAGAAAAAGAUACCAUCAGUAGUAGCAGCAACAGGAGCAGAAACAGCAACUAAAGAAGGCUCUGAAAGAUCCAAAACAGAUACCAAUACUAACGGUCAACAUGGUGGAUUCACCGAUGAUAUGGCUAUCGGAAGCAACGCUGGACAGGUUGUCCCUUUUAUGCGACCUAAAAGCAAUAGCGCUAGCGGGGGCAACAGUCAAAGCAAUAGCUCUACUCAUCGUAACUCCAGUUCAGUAUUGAAUCCAGCCGACGUCCACACGACUGGUGUGGCAGCUCGGGUAAUACGUUUGGAGCGAGCUGUAGGAGGAUUUUCCGUUAUACUUGAAGGUCUAGCGCGUUUGCGCUUAAACAAGAUCUUGGUACAGUCGCCUUAUUUUGAGGCAGAUGUGACACCAUUAUUAGACAAAGCUGUGGACAAGAACGAUCAAGAGCUGCAAGAUCAGAUCACAAUCCUCCGUUCAAUCUCCAAGGAGUUUAUCUCCUUGCUACAAGAUCUUAAGCUGCCUGCCCCAGUUUUGACACAGCUACAAAAGUUUCUGGAGAAUGCUGGCGUGAUCCCAGGCCAGGUCGUGGACCUGUUGAUCAGUACCAUCGAGAGUACACGUGACGAAAAGAUCAUGAUCUUGGAUGCCGUUGAUCUCAAACAGCGCAUCCCAAAGGCAGUCGAACUACUCACUCGUCAGAUUCAUGUAUUGAAAAUAUCUCAAAAGGUGCACGACAAUGUGGAAGGCAAGUUGAACAAGAAGCAGCGCGAGUUUUACCUUCGCCAACAGAUGGCAGCGAUCAAGGAAGAACUGGGUGAGAAGGAUGGAGCGGAAGAGGAUGAGUUGACAAUUAUUGAGAAUCGAUUGAAUGCAGCCCACUUGCCUUCAGAGGUCCAAAAGGCUGCAGACAGAGAGUUGAAGCGACUGAAGAAAAUGCAGCCUGCUUCUUCAGAGUACUCGGUGAUUCGUAAUUACUUGGAUUGGUUAGGUGAUUUGCCCUGGAAUAAGGCCACUGAGGAUCUCUUGGACGUAGAACGAGCACGGAAACAGCUGAAUGAUGAUCAUUAUGGAUUGGAUAAAGUCAAACGUAGGAUUUUGGAAUACCUGGCCGUCACAAAGUUACAGCAAAUGAAAGGCGAUGUGAAGGGACCUAUCCUCUGUCUUGUAGGAGCGCCUGGUGUCGGAAAAACAUCACUGGGCCGAUCAAUCGCUACAGCGAUGGGUAGAAAGUUCCAUCGGAUCUCAUUGGGAGGCGUCUGGGAUGAGUCCGAGAUUCGGGGUCAUCGUCGAACCUAUGUGGGUGCUCUCCCAGGCCUUAUUAUUCAUGGACUAAAGAAGUGCGAAGUUAACAACCCUGUGUUCCUACUCGAUGAAAUCGACAAAGUCGGCGCUAGAGGUCAUCAUGGUGAUCCAUCUGCGGCCUUCUUAGAAGUCCUUGAUCCUGAGCAGAACAGUACCUUUACCGAUCAUUACCUCAAUGUGCCAUUUGAUCUCUCCAAAGUCCUCUUUAUUGCGACCGCUAAUUCAAUUGAUACGAUCCCAGCGCCUCUAUUGGAUCGAAUGGAAUUGAUCACCAUCCCCGGUUAUACCUAUGCAGAAAAGUUGGCUAUUGCAACCAAUCAUCUUUUACCGAAACAGGUCCGACUUCAUGGAUUGAGUGAAGGAGAUAUCAAGGUCACACAGGAGGCAUUACUUAAGGUCGCAACUGGGUACACACGGGAGAGUGGUGUCCGACAAUUGGAACGAGAAGUUGGAGCGGUUGUAAGGGCCAAAGCAGUGGAGUUUGCAGAAGCACAGGAGCGACUAUCCAAGAGUGAAGGCACACCAACAACAGCAUCAACAGUCGUAGAGUAUCAGCCUCUGGUGACUGCUGCAGAUGUUGAAGAAAUUCUGGGCCAGGAAAAGUACACGAAUGAAGUGACGGAGCGCACACCAACCCCAGGUGUGGUUACUGGUAUGGCCUAUAAUGGGGUUGGAGGGGGCAUCUUGUUCAUUGAGGCCUCACAGAUGCCAGGAAAGGGCUCUUUGCAAUUGACAGGUAGUCUGGGAGAUGUCAUUAAGGAAAGUGCGCAUAUUGCGCUGAGCUGGGUCAAGAGCCAUGGCUAUGAGAUCAAUUUGUCCAACAGUCCCGGACAAAACAUUAUGGAGAGGGUAGAUGUUCACAUCCAUAUGCCUAGUGGUGGUACACCUAAGGAUGGACCAUCUGCAGGAAUAGCAAUGGUGUGUGCACUAGUCUCUAUGUUUUCAAAUCAAACCUUUCCGGCGACGACGGCCAUGACAGGCGAGUUCACGUUAAGAGGAUUGGUAAUGCCAGUUGGAGGAAUUAAAGAAAAGGUGAUUGCAGCCCAUCGAGCAGGUGUACGCAAGAUUAUAAUGCCUCUCCGGAAUCAGAAGGACGUGACGGCUGAUGUACCAGCGAAUGUGCGGGAAGAGAUUGAGUUUGUGUACGCGUCUACGAUCUGGGAGGUCCUCAAAGAAGCCUUUGAUGGACGUAUCGUUGUCAGAGCUGGAAUUCCUGCUGCUGCUUUGGAUAGUAGAUUGUAA